UAUUUCCAUAUUUCGUCAAAUUUUCUACUGUUUUGUGCUUAAAAUAUUUGAAUUUUAUGUAUCUUAUAUGCACAUUUCUAGGUAGCAGACUUGGCUGCCAGAGCGCGGUAGUGCACGGACGUCGCAUGUUAGGUUAGGUUAAGCUAGCCAGUUGAAGCGUCUUUCGUGUUAGAUCGUCGUAUCGUUACACCAGUUCUAUCUCCACUUCAGUCUGAAAUCGCUGCAUGAACCAACAGGAGAGGAAAUAGAGAUAAAAUACGAAUUAAAAGAAAGUAUACAAGAAGUGCAUCUAAAAGCGAACGGUCGUUCGCGACCAUUCCUAUCGCGAAUCGGACGACGUUUCGAAUCGCGUGCGAGAUGGCGGGAAAACGAAGCGGGAAAAUCAGCAACAACGUGAUGCGGAAUGCAGCAUGACACCCGUCCACGAAAAUGUCCAGCCUUCUCUGGCAAUUUGAUUUCGCUGUUUUCGUCGCAAGUGAUUGAUCAGCGUUGCGAAAGAUUAUUAGACGACUCGCCUGUCAAGAGCGGAUCCGCCACGGCUGACGUUCGAUAGUGAUCACCAACGUGUGUUCAAUUUCUUUAUGUCUUGCCGCAGAAGUGUCAUAAGCUUGUAGCUAGCCGAAGAAGGAUGGAGUACAAGGCGCGUCAGAGUACGCGUUACACGAGCGUGGCUGACACGACGAGCGUCAAUGACUAUCCCCAGGACAUUCAGAUGUACGAUGUGCCUCCGGUAGGCGAGAUGUCGUUGGAGGAGUUUCAAGAGCUGGGCUUUGACAGACUGAAAGCUCUACGACUGGUCGAAACAACGAACUACAGGGGCGACCUGAAGACGCCAGAGGAGCGCAAGAAAGCGCUAGGUGACUCCCUGAAAAUUGAUGGAUUGAAGUACUACGUGAAUCUCCUGUACGCCAAUGGAUCCAAUCCACAAUCGGAGGAGCAUUUGCAGGCGAGGAAGAGGGAUCACGUGUCACACUUUAUUUUAAGGCUCGUCUACUGCCACGACACAGAGCAGAGCAAGUGGUUCGUCAAUCAGGAGGUGGAAUUCUUCAAGCUGAGGUUCAGCUCGCUGGACAAAAAGGGCAUCGAGAGCCUGCUCAGUAUUAACAACAUAAAUUGCAUAUGCAUAUCGCAAGAGGAGAAAGAAGAGUUGAAAGAGGAGCUCAGUCUGUCGUCCGGGAAGGUCGCGAAUAUCGAUAUCGCCGACAUCUACAAAGUGCCUUUCGAGAAGGUGAUCGACCUGGUCAGGGCGCGUAGAGUCUACCUCAAAGCAGGGAUGGCUUACAUCACCCACAUGGAUCUUAGUUCUGUAUUUGUUUCCCAUUUUAGAGACAACCUGGUUAGAGGCUUGGAGAGUGCAAGAGUCCUGUACGAUAACAUAUCUGAUGACGAAAGACUGACCCGGUACUUGACGGGUCUUCCCUCGGCGUUCUCCGGAAUGGCACGCGUCGUUUGGUCCACCACAGCCACGCCAGUUGACAAGCUGAACGAUUUGUCGAAAACGUCGUAUCCUUUAUGCAUGAGAACGCUUCACGAGGCGCUGGUCACCAACAGCCACCUGAAGAAUUCCGGUCGCAUGCAGUACGGAUUAUUCCUGAAAGGUAUUGGCGUGACUCUGGAAGACGCCUUACGUUUCUGGAGAGACGCGUUCUUGAAGAAGACCGACGGGGUCGCGUUUGAUAAAAAGUACGCGUACUCCAUCAGGCACUACUUUGGCAAGGAGGGGAGGCAGACGAAUUACACGCCGUACGGCUGCCAGAAGAUUAUAUCUGGCGCGGUCGGGCCUGGAGAGUAUCACGGGUGCCCGUUCAGGCACAUGGAUCGCGAUUCCCUGUGCCAGAAGCUAACUAGUUACGGCGUAUUCGCCUCCAAUGCGACUGAGAUCAUGGACUUGGCCAAGGAUGGGCAGUAUCACCUCGCGUGUGCCAAGUACUUCGAAGUUACGCACAACAAACCGUCGAGCAAGCCGCUUCUGCACCCGAACGCGUACUUCGCCGAGAGUCGAUCAAUUUUGUCCGAGGAGGAUGGCAAAGAUAUCGACAACAAAGAUAAGUUCUCUCAGAGCACAACCGGCACCCCCGUGAGUCUACCAAGGAAGAACGACAGGUAUUCUACACCGUCCGGAAACGUAGAUUACAAUGGCACGCCGAAGAGAAACGACAGAUACGCUACACCGUCGAGGAACGCGGACGCGGAUACACCACCUUUGAGAAAAGUUCAGAAAACGAGCUACGAGACGCCGCCGUCGAAGAAGGCGGCGAAAAUGACGCCGGUGAACAUCGCGGAUAUGCUGAACGAUGAUGAUUUCGCGGAUUUCAUGGAUGUGGACAUAGCGGAGCAGAGUUAACCAGCAUACGUCUCUCUUGUAUUAUAAGUAUUGUAUUUAUAUUUCUUGGUUUAAUGCACAGAAUUCCACCCAAGUCAUCCAUACUUGUGAAUAUUGUUAUCAGUAAUUGUCAAGAUACGUCAAUUUUAUA